GACUUAUUAAAUGAUCGACCUGCAGCAGAACAUCCGGGUUUACAGUUUACGUGGCCUUCUUUCUUACUGUUUGUCGGGAUGCAGGAGAAAAGGCCAUCAGCAGUGCCUGUGUUGGUAUCAGUAUCUCUCACUUUUUGCCUUUAUGUUUGGGCCAUUAUCACACCCGGAUGGUUGAUUAUAAAAUGUACAAGAGUACUACCUGUAUCAGUUCAUAAGUAUAACCCCCUUGUACGCUCUCUGUUGAACGGUACAUCUGAAACUCUGAAUACUGAAACGAUUAAAUAUUCUCUGGAGAUGAGCAUCUUUUACGUCAAUGAAUGUGAUUCUGGAGCAUGCAUACAAGUGGACUACAAGAAACUCUUCAUCCCCUCAGAAUCAACAAACAGUCUACCUGACCUAAUGGAAAUUAAGAUUGAGGGCACUUCUGUUUUGGAUUUUUGUGUGAUUGGCUUCUUUUUCCUGCUCUUGAACUUUGGAAAUUCUUCUCGAGUCGUAACAGGGGGGCUUUGUGUGCUUUUGGCCGCUGUUGUUGAAUCUAUUAUGGUUUACCGAAUGGGCAUGGCGAACACAACAACAAGCGAAUUUUUAGAUGCCAUCGAUUUAAGCUGGGAUUAUAAUAGUAUUUCAAUGGAUUUCCCUUACUCCAUCGUCAUUGCCAGUAUUGGCAUAUAUUCCAAUGUCAUUGUGUUGUACCUCUGUGUAGAUUUGUACACCAAAAUUAGACGACAGCAAACCACAGACGGUCGAAAGCUGAAAUUAUGUACGAUCUUCAAUUCCAACAAGUUUACAAUUCUGCGAGAAAGCCAAAUUACAGAGAUGCAUCAUCUAUAUCUUUAAACAUAUCAUGUAAAUGUGCAAAGAACAUCCUACUAGCAUAUGUACGAUGCUUGAUCCAAAAGUAAUGUCACAUUGUCUAUAUCUUUUAUAUUUGGCGUCAUAUUAUUAAAUAUACUAAGUAACAUGCCAAAAAUAUGCACUGAUAAAAAUCUAAUUAACAUUGAAAUUUUGGUUUAAUAAUGUUGACUUAAAUUCAUUUUAUUUUUGAUUAUAAACAGUAAGGUUUCACUCUGAGGCAUUGAACAAAGGACUUGUCAAAAUGGGGGUGAAAGUGGGGAGUCGCAAGGAGUUGUAAUAUAUUUUGCAUUUUUACUUCAAACGGGGAAAUUACUAGUAGAGAAAGUUAUAUUGGUUUAUCAGACUCACAGUGAAAAGAAUGUUUUAAAAAGUCUCUUUUCUAGCUGGUUUCAGCGAUUUUGGGACGGUUUGAUGGGCCAUUGAAUGAUCAGCAGAGGACAGGAAGACCAAAGGAUGAGAGGUCAAACGGAAACGUAUAGGAGUAACUGGUGUCUGAUGUUGUCAAAAGACAUGAGUGUAUCCUAUUACAUGUAUAGCAAGGGAUAUGAAUACUUUGUCUCGUGUACUGAUAAAGAAAUAUUGACAAAGGACUUAAUUAUAAAAAGAGUGAAUGUACGAGUGGCCUAACCAAGAAUUCUUUAAAAAUAACAAAUUUUUGAACAUGUUCGUAAAUCUCAAAUAUUUUUUUAUUGAGACACGUUUCAAUGUUAUUCUCUUGAAGUUGAUGGCGCGUUUGAGGGGAAAAUUAAAACAGGCCAUUAACUUCUCAGUAGAGAAUAGUUGGAAUGUAUGACGGUGUGUAUCCAUUAUAUAUGACGUUAUUUAGAUGCGGCGACUUCCAAGCGGUAGCGCACUUUAUAUAUAAAUGCCAUCAUAUAAAAUGUAUUAAUCAUGUUAAAUUGAAAUUUUCAGGUCUGAUUUGAAAUAAAUGUAGUUUUCAUCAUGAUUAAUUUUGUUGUUCUACGUCGACUAGAAGAAAUUCAAUUAAAUUCACAUACUUGUGGUUGAUUGGUUGAUUUUAUCUAUAUUUUUGAACGUCCUUCUCGAGAACUUUUCACUCAUAUGGAGACGUCACCACUUGCCGGUGGAGAACUCCAAAUUUUGUUCUAUACUCAGCACUCAGGAUCAU